GAAACAGCGCCGCAGACGACACAGAUCUACCAUGGUACAAAGGCGAAGUGCGAGACCGUGAUAUUCGCGACGCCGAAGCAUACGAAUUCGUGGACCAUGAAACGGGCCCCUUGCUGUCGUCACAUCCCUUACGAAACAAAACCGCGUAUGAAGAGGGUACUAGCAUAGACUGGCUGCGAGAAGAGGCCUCGGAACGUGAACGCAAGCGCGCCAUCCAAUCCCAGCGGGGGCUGCAUGGAUUGCUGGGGAUGGUGUUAGACUCGGCAGGGCUUUGGCUGGUCAUCAUCUUGGUGGGUGUAGGAGUAGGGGUUUUGGGUGCAUGGCUGGACGUUCUGGUGAAAUGGCUAGGAGACCUACGAGAAGGACGGUGCACGUACGGGUUCUUUUACAAUCAAGUCGCAUGCUGUAGUGGGCUUGACCCCGGUGAGAUAUGUAAUGAGUGGCAGACAUGGAGCGAAUAUUUCCAUGUGACUAGCAUCUUCGGGCAGUCCCUGCUGCAAGCUACUAUCUACAUGACGCUGUCGGUGGCCUUUGCAGGAAGCUCUGCUGUACUCGUUAUAAUAUAUGCACCAUACGCUUUUCACACAGGAAUUCCCGAAAUCAAAGCCAUCCUCAGCGGCUACGUGCUUGAUCAAUUCCUUGGGGCUUGGGUGCUCCUCAUCAAGGCCGUCGGCCUCGCGCUUGCUGUUGCUUCCGGGUUAUCUCUUGGGAAGGAAGGGCCCCUGGUCCACGUAGCCUGCUGCUGGGCAUUCCUGCUCUCCCGUCCAUUCCGGCAAUAUCGGCAAAAUGAAGCUAGAAAGCGCAAACUGCUCGCGGCGGCCGCCGCCGCGGGCGUAUCUGUUGCGUUCGGUAGCCCUCUCGGAGGUGUGCUGUUCGGCUUGGAAGAGCUCGACGCGUUCUCGAACGAUAGCGAUGUGAUGUGGCGUGGCUUCGUGACCUCUGUCAUCGCUGCGGUGUCGUUGCAGUACAUUGACCCUUUCGGGACGUCGAAGCUGGUCUUGUUUCAGGUGUCGGAGUCAGGAACGACCUGGCGCGGGUUCGAACUAAUUCCUUGGAUGUUCCUCUCAGUUAUCGGGGGUCUCCUCGGUUCGCUCUUGAUCAAACUCAAUGCGGCUGCAGCCGUGUACCGAAGACACAGUCAGCUGCACAACUUUCCGAUUGUGGAGGUCGUCGGCUUCACCGCCAUCACCGCCGCUACCAGCUACCUACUCGUGUUCCUCCGAGUGCAGUCAUCGGAGCUCGUUGCGAACCUCUUUCAAGAGUGCGACCCUACCAAGCCAGACUACCAUGGCCUGUGCAACCCCACAGCGAUUUGGGCCAACGUGUUCCUCUUGGUCCUGACAGCGUUGGUUAAGAUCGCGUUCACAGCGUGGACCUUUGGCAUGAUGGUCCCAGCUGGUAUCUUCCUCCCGACGAUCGCCAUCGGUGCCUGCUUGGGGCGUGCAGUGGGGCUGGUUACACAAGGACUGUAUCGGGCAUAUCCGACGGCAUGGAUAUUCUCUUCGUGCCCGCCGGAUUCCACAGUACGCUGUAUAUCGCCAGGCUUCUAUGCUGUCAUCGGGGCCUCUGCUAUGCUCGGUGGAGUCACUAGGAUGACGAUCUCUCUCGUUGUCAUCAUGUUCGAGCUAACCGGCGCCCUCUCGCACGUCUUACCGCUCAUGAUCUCUGUCAUGGUCUCCAAGUGGGUCGCAGACGCGUUUGGCAAGGACGGCAUAUACACCGUAUGGAUCGCCAUGCGCCAGUACCCCUGGCUCCCUACCCGCGACUUCCGCGACAAAGGCCAGACCGCCGCACAUGUCAUGAAACCUGUGUCGAACCUAUUCGUCAUUCACGACGAUGGGCAUGGAUGCUCUGUCAAAGAGCUGAACGAGUUCAUCAGCAGACAUAGCUUCGGGGGAUUCCCGGUUCUGCAUGGGGAGCAGCUGCUUGGGAUGGUGAUGAGGGACAAGCUGCGCGCGUGUUUAGUCGGUCCCAUCGCGGACGAUCCGUCUAUGGAGCAGAGGUGCACCUUCCUCCCGCCGAGUCGGACGGGCCAGGGGGACAGUGGGAUGGUCAACUUGUCGAACUUGCUCGAGGAAGCAGUCCUGCAGCUGCGCAAGGACGUCCCCCUGGAGCUCGUCGUGAGCAUGUUCCAGAAGAUGAACGUGCGACACAUCCUGUUUUCGCAAGAAGGGAAGCUGGUGGGGAUGGUCACCAAGACCGACAUUGUCUGGUUGCUUACUGCGGAGUCAUCGCACGCCGGCGCGCUUGCGGAGAGACACUACUAGACAAACACUGUCGACGUUUUCCUGCAGGGAAAAUCGUUGCUUUAUUUUUU